AUGCACUGCUUAACACGAAUUUUUUCUUUUGCCUUUAUUUUUAUAACAACAACUUCUGCACAAAUAUUAUACAAAUGUAAUUUUGAUAAUGCUACUAUAAGCAAUACCUGCUUUUCUACACAAGGAAUCGAAGCAAUGCUCCUUAGUGAUGCAGCGGAAUCUGCUGGUAAUGAGCCACCUACUUCGCCUUUAUCUGACGUAACAUCGAGUCUUACACCAACAAGCAAUGGAGAAUUAUGCAUAUUACCAUACAAGAUCGAUAGUUAUAGUUGGGACAUGUUCUUUUGUAAUAGAGGUUACUGUCCGACAACAAGUAAUCAAAAUACUAAAUGCACACCAGGGAAAUUUGGUUUUUAUCAUUUCGUCGCUCCGAAAUUCAUGUCCUUCCCUUUGAAUAUCGGUUCGGGUGGUAUUAAUGGUACCAACCAGCAAUGUCUGACAUAUUAUUAUUAUUUACCAAAUAUAACUAGAAUGCAACAUAGUAUCAAUAUACGUAAAGAAGAAACAGGAAGUAGCAGUGAAAUAAUUGACAAUGUUAUAAGCAGUCCAUUCAAUGGAUGGAUAAAACGUCAAGUGAAUUUUACUAGUGCAGCACCUGGAUACAAAAUUCACUUUGAACUUGAGAAAAAACCUGGAUCUGUUGCAUUUCAAUCCAGAAUUGCAAUCGAUGAAAUAUCAAUUCAUCAAGGAAGUUGUUUUGAUGAACCUUUAACUCAAAGUACAGCAACUAUAUUAAUUACAUCAAUAGAAUCAAUGACAACUGAUGUUAAUAUUCUAACUAAUGUACCAGAAACAUCCAUUGAACAAACAACAAGUAUAGCCACAACAGAACCUUUGACAACAUUUCUUACAUCAGAAAUGCCAAGUACUAUUUUUACUACAACGACUUCUGCAUCAACAAUGAUUUCUUUGACCACGAUUGCGACUACAAGUACGACUACCAUGUCAAGUACCGUUACAACUUCAAAUACAAGUGGAACUAGUACGACAACUUCAAGUACUACGGCAAUUCCAAGUAUGACGACAACUACCAUGAAAAGCACGACAAUAACAAUAAGUGAAAUUUCAGCAACAACAACUACGAAAAUGUUUACGUCCACUACAACAUCAAUUGAUCUAACAACUGGAAAUGUUGAACCGACUUCAACAACUAGUGUUUCUUAUAUAACAACAACCACAGAUGAUGUUCAAAUUACAUCAUCUGUCAAACUUUAUGUUAUUAUUUUAGCUACUGUUAUUCCUAUUGGCACAGUUAUAGUGAUUAUUUUAACUAUCUGGCUUAAAUAUUUCGUUUGCAAUAAAAAAUCUAAGUCAAACAUUUUUGAAAUGAACCGAGUGAGACCAGCAUUCAUAUAA